AUGCCUGGACAGAAAGCCCUCUACGUGACUGAGAAGCAUAGUCCCUUCGCCCUCGGCACUGCGCCGAUAUACAAGCCUGGCCCUGGCGAUUUUCUGGUCAGGAUCGAGUCUACGGGGCUCAACCCUGCCGACUGGGCCAUCCAGGCCUAUGGUAUGAUCAUCGAGAAGUACCCGGCCAUCCUCGGCAUCGACAUAGCAGGCACUGUUGCAGACGUAGGAGAAGGUGUUACGCGCUUCAAGAAGGGCGAUAGGAUACUCACGAAAGGCACCAUUGGCAAGUACGAGCGUACCGCAUUCCAGCAAUAUGCUCUCGCAUAUGAAGAUACAUCCGCAAAGAUACCCGAGGGCAUGUCGUUCGACCAGGCGGCUACUAUCCCUCUCGGUCUCUGUACUUCGGCUGUCGCUCUGUACCACGACGGUGUCAACGUAAUCGGUGGCACAUGCGGGCUCACUCCUCCCUGGGAAGAUGGGGGCCGCGGGAAGUACAGAGACCAGCCCGUCGUUGUCCUAUCUGGUGCUGGCUCCGUCGGCCAAGCAACAAUUCAAUUGCUCAAGCUUUCCGGCUUCAAUCCCCUCAUCACGACCGCGUCACUGAGCAACGCCGAGUGGCUCAAACACCUGGGCGCGACGCACGUCCUCGACAGGACGCUCCCUUCUGAGGAACUCUGCAAUGAGAUUCAGAAGAUUGCAUCCAAGCCGAUCAUGACCGUCUUCGACGCCGCCGGGUACCCCGACACGCAGAACCUCGGGUACGACCUGCUCGCGUCCGGCGGCACGAUGGCGGCCGUGCGCCCCGACGCGGUGAAACCUGAGAAGAAGGUCGAGGACAAGAAGUCGUUCUUCAUGUACGCGGACGUGAACCUCCCGCAGAACCGCAAGCUCGGCGCGAGCAUGUUCGCUGAGUUGACGGAGAUGCUGGAUAAUGGAGACCUCAAGCCGAACCACGUCGAGGUGGUGCCAAACGGCUUGGAGGGAAUCGUCCCUGCCCUCGAGAAGCUGAAACAAGGCGUGAGUUGCGUAAAGCUCGUUGCACACCCGCAGGAGACCGCAUAG